AUGGAAGGGAACUUGGUGAAGAUCUUGAAGCAUUUCUGCUAUUCAAAGAACAAGGGCAAGGACAAGUCUUUUGCAAGGAUAUGCCUUGAAGCAGGUAGUGCCAUUCUUUGCCUCCAAGAGGACCCAGCAGGUCAAAAACAAGUUGACCCUUCAACAUUGUUUUUCUUUCAUAUAGGGUAUGUGAACUUCAAGACCUGGACCGUCACAGUCUCACCGCUGUAUCUGCAGAGCGAUGUGGAUUGUGGACAGCCUUUCAGUGUGAGGAAGGUGCUGCUCCAGCACAUUUGCCUUGAAGAAAGCAAUGCAGACCUCUGGUUCCAAACCCUUCUUGAAGCUUUGAGUGACUUGGACACAGUCAGCCCUUAUAGCCUGAUGUUCUUCAAGAUUGACGAGUCCACCACCUUGCUGCCUUUGAGCAACAUGAAGAGCGGUUUAGUGCAAGCUUCAAAAGUGGACACCUUUCCAGUCAGCCUGUUUUGGAGAGGAUCAGCUGAGGAGGCUGUGGCUUCUCAACUUCGAUCAAGGCCAGUAGCUCCAGCUGCUCACACAAGCAAGAACAGACAGGCAGGACGGGCUCCUGUUCAAGUUGAGCAAGGUCAUGGUGAUCAGAUGGAAGAUUUGAUGGCGCUCUUGGAUACUCCUCCCCCUGGUUCAAACAAUGAUGAUUCUCAUGAUGGUGAGGAGGCAGAGUUGGACACAAACACUGAAACUGAAGAGGAAGGCAGUGACCAAGAUGGUCACGACCAUCAUGACCCACCAGAGGACGAGAAUCCUUUUGAUUUUGAUGGCAGCAGCUCUCUACUCCCUGUGCAGUUGGAAGAGCCACUGCCAGAGGUUGUUGACAAUGAGGUUGACUUUGACCUUGACUGGGAGGAUUUUUGUCAAGACUCAGACGGUGCUGCUGCACCAGUUGCGGACGCACCCCCAGAAAGUGAAAAUCAACAAAUUUUGGAGGAACUUGGACUAGGCUUUGUGAGGAAAGCUGGUGUUUUUGAAGAGCGAUUUGAUGAGCUUCAGCUUUUUCAGAGAUGGCUGAAAGGCCUAGAAGGGAGGGAGAACCUGCAGAGCCACGGAGAAUUCCUUGAGGUGCCAUUCGUGAUGAUUUGA